AUGGCACAUUCGGCUCAGAAAGCGAAGAUUCUCGCGGUGAUAGGCGACGAAGAUACGGUGGUUGGCUUCCUGCUCGGCGGCGUUGGCGAACUCAACAAGGCGCGAAAACCGAAUUACUUGAUAGUGGGAAAAGGCACGGAAGUGAGCGAAAUCGAGACGGCUUUCAAGGGAUUCUGCGCGCGCGACGAUAUCGCUAUAAUUCUCAUCAAUCAACACAUCGCUGAACAAAUACGUUUUGCAGUUGACGAACAUACUGCCAGCAUACCGGCUGUACUGGAGAUUCCCUCGAAAGAUGCACCCUAUGAUCCAACUAAAUUGUUUUGGACAGCCUUAUGGAGUUUUUAUUGA